GUGGGUGCACGGUGCGGGCUUUUCCUGGUGCUGGAUUUGGGACUUAGUGCAGGGUUUGAGUUCUCCCCGUGCGGGCUUGGAGCUGCCCUGGUGCGGGAUUUGGGGCUGUGCCGGUGUUCGGGUUCUCCUGGUGUACAGUUGGAGUUCUCCCAGCUCAGUUUUUGCCUUCUCCUGGUAAAGAAUUGGAGCCUUCCUAGCGCUGGGCUUGGUGCACGGUUCGAGUUCUCCCCGUGCAGGAUUUGGGCUCUCCUGGUGUGGGGUUGAGGCUUUCUCGCUGCAGGGUUUGGUGCUUUCUCAGCGCGGCUCUGGGGUUCUCUUGGUGCAGGAUUCAGAGCCCCGUGGUGCAGGAUUUGGGGCUCCCCCGGUGCGAGGUUCGGCCUCUCCUCAUUGCAGGGUUCGGCGUUUUCUCACCGUGCCCUUGGGUUUCUCUCGGUGCAGAUUCGGCGCUCUCCCUGCGCGCAGAUCUCGGUGCUCCGCAUCACCCCGACUCCUCACAUCCCAUGGCAGCCCCUGGAGCCGGCAGCUGCUGGCAGGAUCCUCUGGCGGUGGAGGGCACGACGUGCCGCCCGGUGUGCGGGACGCGGGGCGGGCGGGCGCUGAGCGCGGUGUUCGUGCCGAGCUGCCGGUCGGCUCCGUGCCCGGCGCUGCGCUCCCUGCGGGCCGCCUGCCGCCAGCUGCGGGGCCGGCUGCGCACCGUGCCGUUCGGCCGCCUGGCGCUGGGGGACACCGCAGCCCUGGAUCUCUUCUAUAACGCAGAUGUGGCCGUGGUGGAGCUCAGUGAUGCCGCCUGCCAGCCCUCGCUCUUCUACCACCUGGGGGUCCGGGAGAGUUUCGAUAUGUCCCACAACGUGCUGCUCUGCUGCCGCUCUGUGCUGCCCGCCCUGCGGGCCCUGCAGGAGGACAUCUGCCAGAAGAACUCGGACCUGUGUGGCAGUUACACCUUCAUCCCCUACACGGUGACGGCCCACGGAGAGGUGCUGUGCUGUGACAGCAGUUCUGAGCAGUGCCCCGCUGAGCUCCCCCAGCCCGGCUGCGGCACGGAGCCCUGCACCCCGCUGACAGCACGGCUCAUCCAGCUGCUGGAGGCCAUCCCCACCAACUCCUGCGGGUAUUUUCGGGACACCCUCCGACGUGACAUCCGCCGGGUGCGGGAGCUGUUCCGGGGCGAGCAGCUGAGCCGUGAGCUGAGGAGCAUCCAGCAGCGCCUGGACAGCGUGGAGCUGCUCAGCCUGGACAUCGUGGUCAGCCUGCUGCUGUCCUACCGCGAUGCGCAGGAUUACGACUCCAUCAUCUCUCUGGUGGACGCCCUGCACUCCCUGCCUACCUGCGACGUGGCCGAGCAGCCCAACGUUUGCUUCCAUUACGCCUUCGCCCUCAGUCGGAGGAACCGUGCUGGAGACCGCGAGAAGGCUCUGUCAGUGCUGCUGCCUGCCGUGCAGCACCGGGACACGGCGGCACCCGACCUGCUCUGCCUCUGCGGCCGCAUCUACAAAGAUAUGUUCAUCAGCUCUGGCCUCACUGACACGGAGACGCGGGACCGAGCGCUGUACUGGUACAGCAAAGCCUUCGAGCUGGAGCCCAGCCUCCACGCGGGCAUCAACGCUGCCGUCCUCCUCGUCGCCUCCGGCCAUCGCUUCGACACCUCGCUGCGGCUGCAGCAGAUCGGCGUGAAGCUGAGCUGCCUGCAGGGCCGUAAGGGCAGCCUGGAGGAGCUGCGGCACUACUGGGAUGUGGGCUUCUGCCUGGGGGCCGGAAUCUUGGCCAACGACCUGGGCAAAGUCAUCCAGGCCUCUGAGAAGCUCUACAAGCUCAACGCGCCGGGAUGGUACCUGGUGUCCUUCAUGGAGACGUUCCUGCUCUACAAACACUUCCAGCAGAGCCCAGCGCUGCCAUCCGCCCGGCAGGAGCUGGCUGACUUCUGGCUGGGCUUCCUGCUCACCUCCUGCCAGCCCUUCGUGCCUGAGCCGCGAGGCCCAGUGGGGAGCAGCCCUGGGGACCCGGGGACAGAUGAGGGGACACGGGGUGACCACGUGUGGUGGCUGCAGGUCCUCGUCCUGGAGCACGGCAAGGUGCUGCAGCCGGCACGGCUGGCGCUGCGCAGUGCGGCGGAGGAGCCCGCUGUGAUGCUCAGCCUCGUGUGCCCCACAGAAGAGAAAGCAGUGUCGAGCUGGAAGUUCCCACCCGCAGCCAUCCGGGGCGUCAGCAUCUGCAAGAGCGACGAGCGGGGCUGCUUUCUCUACGUGGUUCACACUGAGCACUUCCAGCUGUACUUCCCCUCCCAGCAGCACUGCCAGUGGUUCUGUGAGCAGGUCCAAUCCUUCCUGGCGGAGCAGGGCAGUGAGGAGCUGCUCGGCAGCACGCAGCCCAUCCUGGAGUACAGCUAUGAGUGCACCGAGUCGGGUGAGCGCGUGGUCCUGGGCAGGGGCACUUAUGGGGUCGUCUACGCCGGGCGCUGCCUCGGCACCCAAGUGAGGAUCGCCAUCAAGGAGAUCCCGGAGCGGGACAGCCGCUGCUCACAGCCCUUGCACGAGGAGCUGGCCUUGCACAAGCGCCUGCGGCACAGGAACAUCGUGCGGUACCUGGGCUCCGUCAGCCAGGAUGGCUUCAUCAAGAUCUUCAUGGAGGAGGUGCCGGGAGGGAGCCUCUCGUCCCUGCUGCGCUCCAAGUGGGGUCCCCUGAAGGACAACGAGCCCACCAUCAUCUUCUACACCCGCCAGAUCCUCAACGGGCUCAGUUACCUCCACGACAACCACAUCGUGCACCGGGACAUCAAGGGUGACAACGUCCUCAUCAACACAUACAGCGGCGUGCUGAAGAUCUCCGACUUCGGCACCUCCAAGCGGCUGGCGGGCAUCAGCCCCAGUGCUGGCAGCUUCACGGGCACCCUGCAGUACAUGGCCCCCGAAAUCAUCGACCGAGGGCCGUGGGGCUACGGGAAGCCGGCAGAUAUCUGGUCCUUGGGCUGCACCGUCAUCGAGAUGGCCACGGGCAGACCGCCCUUCUACGAGCUGGGCAGCCCCCAGGCGGCCAUGUUCAAGGUGGGCAUGUUCAAGGCACACCCGGAGGUGCCCGGCUCCAUGUCGGACGAGGCCAAGGCUUUCAUCCUGCGCUGCUUCGAGGCUGACCCGGCCCUGAGGGCGACGGCAUCCGCGCUGCUGCAGGACCCGUUCCUGGCUGGUGCCAGGCGUCCCCGCAGCCAGAGGGCGCCCACAGCGAGAGGCGGUUCACCUCGCGAUGGGGACGCGGUGGGGACUGACAGCGCUGAGGGACGUCCAGCCUUUGGGGACGGGGUGGGGGGCACCGCGGGCAGCACCCCGCUCCCACAGCGCCACGGCGAGGCAGCGCCGGGUCACAGCACCAGCUCCGACCUCACCCUGCGCUCAUCCUCACCCGAGGAGAGCGGGGACAGCUUCGUGCUGCAGGACAUCCAGCACCGCGCCACCCUGCUGUGCAUCCUGAGAGCCGAGGCGCCGGGCAUCACUGCUGCCCUGCAGGAGAGCCAGAGCGCGGUGGGACCAAGGCUGAGCUCGGAGCACAUCGCCCAGCUGCUGAGCUGCCUGCAGAGCUACAUCCAGAGCCCCCAGCAGCCCCGGCUGCGCCGCGACCUCCUGCAGCUGCAGGCAAGGCUGAGGGAGGAUGGGAUCGGUGUGCGGCGACUGCAGGCACCGCUGCUCCACUUCCAGGCUGUGGUGAGAGGCUGGGAUACGGCGUGGGGAUGGGGCUGCUCCUGCAUGGUGCUGCUCCAGCAUGCUGACACUGUUGCUCCAGCACAGUGUUGCACAGCGCCAUUCUGGCACGGCGUUGCACACACACGUUGAUGCUACAGAACUGUGUCACCGGCACGGUGCUGCUCUGGCACAGUGUUGUUCCUACAUGGU